CCGAAACGUCGUUCCGUGAUCCUCUCCUUGUAACUUCACUCAAGGCACCGGGGCCGUACGCUUCCGUGCCCACCGCCAUGCCAUUGCUCAGCGACCCUGGUCCUGGUGCGCGCGCCAUGGCGAAGCAGUUGAAGGUGCUGCUUCCUCCUUCCUUCCACAAGAUGCGCAUCUCCGACGAACUCUCUGGUUGCUUCGAGGCCGGCGACGGGGCGCCAGAGCCGACGGCUCUAGUGGUCAGUCCCUUCGGCAAGGUGUGGCGUGUGGCUGUGGGCCGGGACGGCGACGGUGCAUUCCUGGGGCGCGGGUGGGCGGAGUUCUUGGCCGCUCACGGCAUCGGCCUCGGUUUCUUUGUGGUGCUGCGGCACGAGGGUGGCGGCACGCUCACCGUCAAGGUGUUCGACACCAGCUUGUGCAUUAAAGGGUUCAGCGCUCCGGCUGCAGUUAUGACAUCCAGAGGCAGCAAAGGUGUUAUCUGUAAGCCACAGUUCAUCAGGAUUUUUCAUCCAUAUCUCUCAGAAAAGAUGAUAUUGCCUGCUAGGUUUGUGAAAUAUUACAUCACAGACGAGUGGCUAAACAGCCAGACGGCCAUCAUUCUCAGCCCCCUUGGCAAAUUUUGGCGUAUUGAGCUUAAGAAUGAUCAAUCAGGCAUCUUCUUCACAGGUGGCUGGUCACAGUUUCUGGAAUUCCAUGGAAUAUGUAAUGGUGAUGUUUUGCACUUGAGAUACGAAGGGAACAUGGUUUUCAAAUUCAAAGCAUUUGGUCUUGGUGGAUGCCAGAAAGAUUUCAAGAACCAGAACGCUGGGAUUCGAUCAAGUAAGGAAAAACGACAGGAAACACCUUCCAUCAGGAAACGUAAAAGCAAUGAUGAGAAGUCAAGAAGUGAAGAAAACAAGAGGCCAAAAGGUCCAAAGAAUUCCCGAUUACUAGAACCCUAUCGUAUUGGGACAUCAUCUUGGAUAAGGAAAAGCAUCAACACCUAUGCACUUGAGCACCUUCUUCCGUUGUCAAAGGAGUUCUGCGGUCGGAUUGGGUUCCAGAUGGCUUGCAAGAUCACGCUUAAGACAAAAAUGGACAGCGCCAGAUCAUGGCUGGUGCAUGGUGCUGCAUACAAGAACUACUGCUGCCUCGUCGGAGUGGCCUGGAAGAGCUUCUGCCAGGAGAACAGGAUCAAGCCAGGCGACCUGUGCACCUUCAACAUCAUCGAAACCACACUGUGGCAUGUCACUAUCACGCACUCAGGUACUAACAGAAAGCAAGAAGGGUCACCUUGCUCAUCCAGAAGAGAGGACAGGACCAAGAAGGGUGGUUCAAGAAGUAAAGGAACAAAGGAACGGAAAUCCCCUAUGGCAUCUUUGACCAAGCAGGCUCCAUCAUACACAAGAUGAGUCUACGGCAUUGGACCACUAUUUUGGAUGAUACGGAAGGAGAUGAAUACCAACGGCCCUCUCGGAAGUUAGUAGGUUCACGUCGUUAAGUUACGUAGCGCUGUCAACUAGCUAACUUUCUAGGGGCUAUAGUAAGCCGUCUAACUUUCUAGAGACCCAGUAAGCCUCUAGGAUGUUAAUUUGACUAGCAUUAUAAAUGAUGUUUAUUUUUAUUUUA